AUGCUCUGACGAGGUGAAGGAUGGACUGACAGAGCCCCAGCAGUUUCUUCUCCACCCAGAGACCGAGGGGCUCAUCCUGCAGGGAAAGAGCCAUUUUUGGACACAAACAUCCCUCUGGCUGCGGUGAGGGGAGAGGAGCUGCGAAUCGAACCCGCUCCUGGAGGAGAAAAUACCGCUUCGGUUUGGUGCCUAAUUAGAUAUUUACCAGGAAGGAAGGAAAGAUAUAAAUAGGGUGACAGUGACUUCAAAGGGUGUUUUUUGACUUCUAAGAAUAACACCUUUGCUGGCGCCGAUUUCGGGAAUAUCGGCUGCGCCUGGGUGUGAAAGGCGGAGGAGGUGUCGCAGCUCGGUCGGCAGCCAAGGGAGCAAACCCAGACCCCAGCCCCCGUCCAGCCCCACGGGACCAGCUGAGGAAGGGACAGAGCCCGUGGAAAACUCAGCUGCAUCCACAGGGACUCAGCGGGGGCAGUUUGGGGAAGACUGCUGUGGCACCAUGGGGACCCCAUCCCUGUCCCCGUGGGACACCCUGGUGCUCACCCUGGUGCUGGUGGGACUCUGGGCUCCCUGUGUGGUGAGCAGGCAGCCCAACUUCAUCGUCAUCCUGGCUGAUGAUGUGGGCUGGGGGGAUCUGGGUGCCAACUGGGCAGAGACAAAGGAGACCCCGCAUUUGGACCAGUUGGCUGCCGAAGGAACCAGGUUUGUGGAUUUCCACUCAGCUGCAUCCACGUGCUCCCCAUCCCGUGCCUCGCUGCUCACGGGGCGCCUGGGGGUGCGCAAUGGGGUCACCCACAACUUCGCCAUCAGCUCAAUUGGGGGUCUCCCCCUCAACGAGACCACCCUGGCCGAGCUCCUGAGGGAGGCUGGGUACAGCACAGGGGCUAUAGGCAAGUGGCACCUGGGACACCACGGCCACCAUCACCCCAACUCCCGCGGCUUCGACUACUACUUUGGGAUCCCCUACAGCCACGACAUGGGCUGCACGGACAACCCUGGCUACAACCUGCCACCCUGCCCACCCUGCCCACAGCACAGCACUGCUGCCAGCAGGGUGGCGAGGAAGGAUUGUUACACAGAGGUUGCCCUGCCUCUCUACGAGAACCUCACCAUCAUCCAGCAGCCCGUGGAGCUCGGCAGCCUGGCCAGGCGCUACGCAGAGGAGGCUGCAAGGUUCAUCCAGAGGGCCAGUGACAGUGGACGUCCCUUCUUCCUCUACCUGGCCCUGGCCCAUAUGCACGUCCCGCUGACCCCCCCGCUGCCCCCCGCCCCGGGCAGGGGCAUCUACGGAGCCUCCCUGGGCGAGAUGGAUGCGCUGGUGGGACGGAUCAAAGAAGUGGCCGACAGCCUCGGGAAGGGCAGCACACUCCUGUGGUUCACAGGUGACAAUGGCCCCUGGGCACAAAAGUGUGAGCUGGCAGGACGCCUGGGGCCAUUUGUGGGUGCCUGGCAGAGGCAGCGAGGUGGGAGCUCAGCAAAGCAAACAACCUGGGAAGGAGGGCACAGGGUGCCAGCCCUGGUGUACUGGCCCGGCCGUGUCCCUGCUGGGAGGACGAGCCACGCUCUGCUCAGCAUCCUGGACAUCUUCCCCACGCUGGUGGCCCUGGCUGGGGCAGCUCUGCCCCCAAACAGGCGCUUUGAUGGCUUGGAUGUGUCCCCAGUUCUCUUUGGCUGGUCGGAUGUGGGGCACAAGGUUCUGCUCCACCCCAACAGUGGUGCAGCUGGGAAGGUUGGUGAGAUCGAGGCGCUGCGGCUGGCUCAGUACAAAGCGUUUUACACCACAGGAGGGGCCAUGGCCUGUGACGGCAGCAUUGGGCCAGCAGAGCAGCACCAACCACCCCUCAUUUUCAACCUGGACCGUGACAUCCAGGAGCAGGAUCCUCUGGAUGUGGCAUCCAGGGAGUACCAGGAAGUGCUGCCUGCCAUCAGCAGGGCUUAUGCCCAAGCUCUGCAGGACAUUGCAGCAGACAAUGUCUCCCUUGCAGAUUAUUCCCAGGAUCCAGCUGCAAUUCCCUGCUGCAACGUGCAGCACGUGGGCUGCCGCUGCCACGGGGCCACGCAGGAUCCCCACGUGGAAAAGAGAACAGCACAGCUUUGUCUUUAAGCAAAUAAUUGCUCAGGCUGCUCCUUUCCCAAGUGUGGUGUCUGUGAACUGCAGGCUGGAGGUGGCCAUGGAGGGAUGGAGGCUGUGGUUCCCUUUGCUCCGUGCUGGGAAGAGGGAGGUGAGUUGGGUGUGGGUCUGGGGGAGCACACAGAGGGUCCCCUUUGGAUCCUGGACAUGUGGAAAGCUUUUUGUAGGGCUCUUUAUCUGGGAAAGAGACAGCUCUUGGAUUAAAACUACCUUCUGUGAGAGCU